AGGACUAGACCUCCUAUCUUCUGCAACAGCUCACCGUGUUCACGAAGUCAAUUCUGCAGCAUCAUGCUUUCCCGGAAAGCACCUCAUUUUACGGACUUUCUGGGAGGGCACUUUUGAGACGGUGGCUGUGCUGACCACCACAACCUUUCAUUAGGCUAUUCAUACACGAGCUUCAGUCAGAACCAUCCGCGACGAAAGGCAAGCAGAGGAUCAUGUCUUGUAGUAAGUACAUGUCAGCUCCGGUGUGUCUCAUUGAAAACGAUGAAAAUGGAAAGCUGCAUGUGAGAAAAGAGGCCAAAGACAUUCUGGAUGGAAUCGGUGAGCCGGUGGUGGUGGUGUCUGUGGUGGGACUCUACCGUACGGGGAAGUCUUACCUUAUGAACCGCCUGGCAGGAAAACAGUCAGGCUUUGCUCUUGGCAACACUGUUGAGUCAAAGACCAAAGGCAUCUGGAUGUGGUGUGUCCCUCACCCAAAUAAAGAAGGACACACUCUUGUGCUGCUGGACACAGAGGGACUUGGUGACGUACAGAAGGGAGACUCAAAGAAUGAUGGCUGGAUCUUCUGUCUGGCAGUUCUGCUCAGCAGCACAUUGGUGUACAACAGCCGCGGCACCAUCGAUAACAAUGCAGUUGAAAAUCUGCACUACGUUGCUGAGCUCACUGAGCAGAUCAAGAUCAAGUCUGCAGAAGCAGUAGAUGAGGAGGAAGAGGAAGAUUCUGAGUAUGUGAGGUUUUUCCCAUCAUUCAUUUGGGUUGUGAGAGAUUUCAACUUGGAUUUGGAAAUUGAUGGGAAGAAAGUGACUGAGGAUGAUUACCUUGAAUAUGCCCUCCAGCUCAAGAAAGGUGUGAGUAAGAAAGUUAGUGACUACAAUCUGCCCCGUCAAUGUAUCAAGCAUUAUUUCCCUAGCCGGAAGUGUUUUGUGUUCCCGCUUCCUGUUAACUCUCAGGAAGACAUGACACGCCUGGAGAGCUUACAAGACCAGGAUCUCGCACAACAAUUUCUGGAGGUCACGAGACAUUUCUGUGACCACAUGUUUGUCAACAGUGCUGUGAAAACACUGAAAGGAGGACACAUAGUUACUGGCCAAAUGUUUGGGCGUCUGGUUGAAAUUUAUGUAGACACAAUCAGCAGUGGUGAAGUGCCCUGUCUGGACAAUGCAGUGGUUGUUCUGGCAAGUCAAGAAAACCAGGCAGCCAUUCAAAAAGCUUUGAAAGUAUAUCAAAGAGGAAUGGAAGAGGUGAAGAAUAUGUUACCAAUCAGUAUUGAAAAAUUGACCUGCGAGCACCAGAAAUUCAGCAGUCUGGCCACUUCUGAGUUCAUGAAACGCUCAUUCAAAGAUGAAAAAAUGGAAUUCUUGAAAAAACUGGAGGAAGCUGUAUAUAACUUCUACGUAGACUUAAUGGAAGAGAAUGAGAUGGCAUCAGAGAGAAAGUGCAGAGAGCUGCUGAAGGAUCUGCUCUCUGAUAUGAAUAAACAGCUGCAGGAUGGAGAGUACAGUCAGUCUGGAGGAUAUGAACUCUACUGCAGAGACAGAGAUGCUAUCGUUGAACAGUACCGCAGAGAACCCAACAAAGGUGUAAGGGCUGAGGCUGUGCUGGAAGAGUUUCUGAAAGAACGGGAACCUGAAGCAAAAGGCAUCCUCUGCAUGGAUAAUAAACUCACCGAAAGUGAGAAACAAAUCAAAAUGGGGAAAGAGAAUGAAGCUCUGCUGGAACAGAAGUAUAAAGAGGAAGAGGAGAAACGAAUUAAGUCUGAACAAAUGAUGGAGACGGAGAAAGCACGGAAUGAGGACAAGCUAAAACAGUUAAAGGAGAAGUUCGAAAAGGAGCUGGAGCAGCAGCAGCAGGAGAUGGACAGAGCCAUUGAGAGCAAACUGAAAGAGCAGGAGGAGAUGCUAAAGAAAGGCUUUAUGGAUCAAGCGGAAAACCUUAAGGAAGAAAUAAAUAAGUUAAAUAAUGAAAAGAAACGCCUACAUGGUGGUGACAUUUUUAAGGACUAUGUGAUGCCAUUUCUUUGCCCUCUUGUAGAAAUGGUUCCCAACUUCUUCAUGCAGAGAUCCAUGAUGAAAAGUCUGGCCAAGGGAUUGAGACGUUAAAAACCUGAUACAAAACACAAUCCAUGACUGACAGCUUUUAAAGACUUACUAAAGCAUGAGGUAAAGAAUCCUGAACAUAAGCACCCUUGAAAAUGCUCAGUGUAAUUUCUACACCAUUAACGGCACCCAUAUGAUUUGCAAAAUGGCAGGCACUUGUUUUCUAAUUCAUAGUCCAUCAUUUGGACAAACAGGUAGUCCCAGCUCAAACUUACAAAAUAGUAGUAGGUUAGGUUGUGUUAGGUUGCUGAAACAGACUGCAAUUCCAUAUUGUGACAUUUGUGGUGUAGAAAUCACACACUACAUUUACAAAAGGCAUUCACUGGAAUUGGUACUUUAAAUCCUAAACAUGCCUGUCUGACACUGACUGGACAAAAACAUGUAGUCCUACCCCAAACUCAUUCCACUGGUUGAGUGAAAUGAGUGAUGUCAAAAGGGUUUUGACAGGUUAAACUUAGGUUUAAACUAAGAAAGGAAUCUGUGACUCUGAACAAGAUUUGCUUAAUGGCACUUAUUGAUGAAGUGCCCAUAGAAUAGAUCAUUCAGUGUUGCUCACAGUCAUUUAUAGGUUGUCACCUACUAGAAAGAAAAGGAAACAUUUCCUAUAUUAAUACAAACGUACACCUUUUGUAAGGGUAUCCUUCACAUGUUCACAGUGUAAUUUGGUGCACAAAACAUAUAGAUAUAUUGUGAUAUAAUAUAACAUUACAGUAUUUGACAAUAAAAUUGUACAUCUCUUAUCUUUUUUCUCACAGACAACAUAAAGUCUCAGCACUUUUGAUGAAUGCCUACACCAUUAAUUUUGUCAUUUUAUCUGAAUAUCAACAUUUGUAAGAUUUAGUUGAUCAAAAGAGUUUUGAGGUUAACUGAUAUAAUUUUGCCUAAUUGUGUUUGGAAAAUAGUGAUAUAUGACAUUGCGUUAUGGUGAAUAUCAAGGUUUUUGUGUGUAUUUGAUAAAGGAUUUGUGGAGUAAAAGUUAUAGUGUUUUUGUUUUUGGAAGCAAAAAUAUCAAUUUAGACCUUUAUAGACGCAAUAAAUGUAAUACUUACUGUAAUUAAUGGAGUUAUUAUUUAUUAUUCUCAUGAAUUAGAUGUACACUUAAGACAUCAUUAACCAUAAACCAAUAAACAUCCUAUCUCUCAACUGAUAGUGAAUGUGUGAAAUGUGAUGUGUGAAAAGAUGUGAUCCAUUUUUAGUGUCUGAAGUUAUAAACUAUUUGUUUAAAUGGCACCUAAGUGCUUAAAAGUAGUCAAACUGGUAGAAUUUCUUGGUGCCAGCACAAAAACUUCUGCAGACAUGAGGAUAUAUGAUGGCAGUGUAUUGGGAACUAUAAAAAAAAGCUGUAUUUACUCUAGACCAGUGGUUCUCAACCUUUUUUGGGCCAGCGCCCCCCUACCCAUUAUCCAGGUCCCUCACCGCCCCCCCAUCAAAUAAAUCAUUGUCAAAUUGUCCUCACUGAAUAUUAAAGUUGAUUAUUUUUAUUUUGUGUUUAUAAUGAGGACUGUUAUUAUAUUUACAGUAAUUCAAAUGUUUGGGGUCAUUAUGAUUUUUAGGAAAUUACUUUAUUUCAAGGAUGCAUUGAAUUGAUUAAAAAAGACAGUGAAGUACUUUUUUAUGGUAAAUUAUUUUAAAAUAAGUGUAAUAACAUUAAUAUUUAAACAGAGUUUUUAAGCAUGUUGGUGGUUUUCAUUGCUACAGCUUCAGUGUUGUUGAGAUGUGGAUAUAUCUUGUUGCCUGAAAUUUAAAAAGACUAAAUAAAAAUG